AUGACUGCUACCAGCCCCAACGCCUCUUCCACCAUCAACCAGUUCACUCGAUCAUCACACAUCCGAACAUAUUCCACCUCAUCCCAGAGAUCAACAACAGUCAACAACAAAAACAAUACUGGUAACAACACUGGCAACAGCACUGGCGGCAGUGGAAAUGGAAAUGGAUAUGGCAACAGAACAUACGCGACAGUUGGAUUGGCUGGUACUAUUACAUUGUGUAUUGCUGGAUUGGUUAUGCUCACAUUCAAUGAUCAAGGUGUAUUGAUACAGGUCGCUCACUGCGAUGAUGGUACCAACAAUGAUGAUGAUGGUGCCACUACAUCAUCCAUCGACAAUCCAAUAUUCUUGCUUGACGAGGAGACUGAUGAAGAGUGGAGCAGACAACUAACAUCACAUCAACUGUUUUGGAAAUUGAUUGGACGUGAUGUAUGGCUGAUGGCAUUUGGAAUCGUCACUGCUUUGGUGUCCGCAUACCUUGGCAUUCAGAUACCAAAGGUGUUUGGAAAGUUGAUUGAUUCGGCAAAGAAGGGCGAGUCGUUGCGUGAUCCGGCCGUCCAUGCCGUGCUCAUCCUGCUGGCGCAGGCCGGACUCAACUUUGUCUACACGACCCUCAUCUCAAUCGCCUGCGAGCGCUACAGCAACAACCUGCGCAACACACUGUUCCAAUCGCUGCUGGACCAGGAGGUCGCCUUCUUUGACUUCCACUCGACAGGUGACCUGAUCAACAGGCUGACCAACGACGUGCAGUUGGUGCGCUCAGCGCUCAAGCACUCUGUGUCGCUGGGCGUGCGAUCAAUCGCUCAGAUAGUUGGUGGAGUCGUCUCACUCUUCCUCAUCUCGUCCAAGUUGUCGGUGGCCAUGAUCACAAUCCUGCCAACAAUGGUUGGCAUAGGCACGUUGUACGCGGGCUGGCUCAAGCGCCUGUCAAUCCGGUCGCAAGAGGCCAUGGCUCAGUCGACGUCGGUGGCCGAGGAGGCCAUUGGCAACCUGCGGACUGUCGUAGCGUUUGCCAACGAGGACUUGGAGGCGCGUAGAUUCGCCGCCAAGAGCAAGGAGUCGCUGGACCUUGCGACCGAGACCGGUAUCCAGAUCGGCAUUUUCCAGGGCGUCACAUCAAUGGCGCUCAACGCAGUCAGUUUGCUCGUAUAUUGGUAUGGAGGCAACCUUGUGGCCUCAGGCGAGAUCACCUCUGGCCAGCUGACAUCAUUCAUCAUUCAUACAAUGUCGAUGCAGGCAUCUUUCUCCCAGCUCUCCGUGCUCUUCACACAGAUCUCAAAUGCGUCUGGUGGCAUGGAGCGCAUCACAGAGAUGAUCAACCGUCAGUCGACCAUCCCACGUCAGCGCGGCAAGCGUCUGGCCAACAUCAAGGGCAGGAUUGAGUUCGACUCUGUUGGAUUCAGGUAUCCCGCUCGCAAGAAUAUCCAGGUCCUCAAGGAAUUCAAUCUUACUCUUCAGCCUGGACAGGUCAUCGCGCUGGCCGGACCAAGUGGUGGCGGCAAGUCCACUAUCGCAGCAUUGCUCGAACGAUUCUAUGACGCGAACGAAGGCACAAUCACAAUCGAUGGCGUCCCCAUUCAAGAGUUGAGCGCAUCAUGGCUGCGGAAACAGAUUGGAAUCGUCAAUCAGGAGCCCGCACUCUUUGCCACGACCAUCCUCGAGAAUCUGAGCUAUGGCAAUCCAAACGCCACACGUGAUCAGAUUGAGGAGGCAGCACGCCAGGCCAAUGCACACCAGUUCAUCAUAUCCUUCCCAAUGGGCUACGACACUAUCGUUGGUGAGCGUGGAGUACAACUGAGCGGCGGUCAGAAGCAAAGGAUUGCCAUCGCAAGGGCCAUCCUAAAGAACCCCAAGAUACUCAUACUGGACGAGGCUACAAGUGCGCUCGACUCGGAAAGCGAGGGUCUGGUGCAAGAUGCCCUUCAGGUGCUGAUGAAGGGUCGUACCACCCUGGUGAUCGCACAUCGUCUGAGCACGGUCCAGAAUGCCGACUCUAUCGCGGUGGUCUCCAAUGGACGCGUCUCUGAGUUUGGACCACACGCCGUACUCAUGGCCAAGCCCAAUGGCCUUUACCAUCAGCUUGUCCAGCGUCAAGUCCAACAACAAACAACAACAAGUUAA